GUAUAACGGUACUUUUUUCCAUUAUCUUCGCCCGGUGUCGUCGUCGCCGUUGUGUACAACAAAACUGCCUGGGUUUUUUUUUCGCCAUAUCCGUCGUUCCCUUUUCUUGUUUGUUUGAGUUCGCCUGGUGAUUUUUUUGGCCUGUUGGUUGGGUGUAUUAUUUUUUUUCCCGUCGACAACCCACAGCCCACGUAGUAUUUCGUAGGGACAUUAAGGCAGAAAUUGAGGCUUUUUUGCCACCAAAAAAAAAAAAAGAAGAACACACACAGGAAAACUUGCAGGACGAGAAAUAGGGAAAUCUACACCGUCGUUGUAUUGACGCAUUGCCGCCCAGUGCAUGGGACAAAGACUGAGACGGCCCUUGUAAAGGGCGGGGGGGCACAACGGCCAAUAUGUGGGUCUGUGGCGUUUAGUGUACGGUUGUGAAAAUCACCACAGAACCGGCAUUGAAUUUAAAGACCCCCAAAAUUAUGGGAAAUUUAAGAAACGAGUAUUGAGUGUUGCAGCUUUGCCUUGAAUCCUUACAGAAGUGCAUUCCAGAUGGCAUUGAUGGCGGCCACCAUGUGAAUACAAAUCAAGGGCUAUGGGUUACGUUUACACACAACAACAACAACAACGACAUCGGCUCACAGCGCGACCAGCAGAGCGUUGUUGUGAUUGCGGGUGCUGGCUGCACUGCACAGCACAGCGAAUGAGUAACGCGAAAGUGAGUGUGAGUACCACAGGCAAGGCAGUGUAAACUUUCAUCAUCAUCGUUCGUCGGCUGUAGUCGUGUGUGGCAAGUGGCAAGUAAAACACCAAAAGGAGGUGCAUUCAAUUCAGUCCCACUACGAGAAGGCCAAAGAACAACAAAGUGCAUUGAAAUGCAAAAGGCAUUCCCCCAAAUAUGAAACAGAAAACAAAAAAAAAAUCCAGUCCAUCCAUAUAUCCUGGAGUACACACACACACACCCAAACCCCAAAUAUUAUUUGCCACAUUCAUUGAUUCCACGACGCAACGAAAAAAAAAUUCACACAACUGAAAAAAAUAAAAUAAAACUCAACAGAAACUGUGUCUAAAGAUUUAAAAUAUUGGUCAGUGCGGAACAAAGCGUAACAAAAAUAAAACCGACAAAAAUCAAAACGGGGAAUACAAGAAAAGAAAAGUGUUGUAUCUUAAAAAAAAAAAAAAACAAUAAAAAAUCGAGAAAUAUUUUUAUGCAAACACCAAAUUUAUGCAAUAUGGCUAAAAUGUUUGCCAACAACAGGAAGAAUUUAACGCAAUAUUUUUAUUACAAUUUUAUGCUGCAUGCAAUCCCAUUGACAUUUCUUAGAAUUAUACAAAACAAAAAAUUACUUAAGGAAAAAUGAACUUUUCACCGUUUGGUAAUCCAUUUCCCGGUUCCAUACCGGGUAUAGCCCAGUUUACCACCACCACAACACCAUUGGUAUCCACGGCAACCUCGGCUGCGGCAGUGGCCACGGUAACAUCAACGGCAACAUUGCAACAGCAGCAACAGGAUACGGCUGCAGCUGCUGCUGCUGUGGCGGCGGCCACCAAUCGUUACCAGCAGCAGCAACAGCAACAACAACAGCAGCAGCAGCAACAACAACAGCAACAAAGUACCUCUACAAUUAGUAUGACCCAUUUCAAUCAACCUGCCAUACAAGUUGCUACCGCCACCGCUUUGCCAACCGCCAAGUUCCGCACAAACAACGAUGGUGGUGGUGAUGGUGAUAAAUACAAUGGCCACAUGGUUACCCUGACAACGACGGGAACACCUGGAACUGUUAGCGGAAAUCAGCAGCAGCAACAGCAACAACAACAGCAGCAGGCCCAGCAACAGCAACAACAAACCACACAAUAUACCGCCACCAUACCCGCCUAUAAUCAACAAACCGAAGAUAAACGUUUGGUCCAGGCCGCCAUUGCUUAUCCCCAGAGUACAAUAACCGCUUCCACAUCAGCAGCAGCCGCUGCCACCGCCCUGGGUCUACAACAGGCCCAACUGCAACCGGGCACCUCAACGCAAACAACGCAACUGCAUACCCAGCUGACGGCGCCGCAGGAGUUAACUCAGGAUCUCUGCAAUGCCAUAUUGCAACAACAAGGUGUGGAUUCAAAACGUGUGUUACAAAAUACCUCAUGGCAAUCGCUGACGCCCGGCACCACAGUUGCCGAUUAUUUAUCACAUCUUCCGGCAAAUACGCUGCCCCUAUCGUUGCAUCAUUUUUUAAAAUAUUCCGCUGAAAAUAUUAAAAAAGAAAAUCAAAAUGUAGUAAGUACUGAAACUGAAAUGACAGUUGCCAGUUCAGACAAACAAGCAACUGCAGCGGGCAUCAAUUAUUUUCUUUUCGAACUUCCCCAGGUCUUACAGGUACAAACGGGACCAGCACUGGGUUUAAAUACGAUAACGGGGUCGACGACCAUAACAAUACCUCAGCAGCAGUUGCAACAGGUAACGGCAACGUUACAGGAUCAGCAACAGCAGCAACAACAACAACAGCAGCAGCAACAACAAACGGUGGCUGGGGUAUUGCAGGCAGCCAGCCAGUUGCAAAGCCAAGUCUCGGUGGGCAGUCUCACCGGAGCCAUACAGACGCUGCAGCAAGCCACCACAAGUGGCCUAGCGGCGGCACCACAACCCCAAGCCACAACUUCCACCGGUACCGGCACCACGACAAAACGCAAGAAACGAAAAAAGCGUGUCAAGGAACGUAAACCCAAGCCACGUCCCGGUGAAGUCCGUCUGAUCACAGCCCUCGAUGGCAGUCCCCUGUACAUGUGUCCCGAAUGUCAAGUCUGUUAUCCCGAACCUGAGCUGCUGGAAAUCCAUUUGGUUGGCCACAAUGCCGAACGACGUUAUAUCUGUGAUAUUUGUCAAGCCACGCUAAAACGAAAGGAUCAUUUGACGCGUCACAAACAAUCUCACAAUCCUGAGCGACCCUUUAUCUGUACCGUUUGCCUGAAGGCAUUCAAGCGGAAAGAACAGUUGAGCCUGCAUUUUGUCAUACAUUCGGGCGAAAAGCGACAUUUGUGUCAGGAAUGUGGCAAAGGAUUCUAUCGCAAGGAUCAUUUAAGGAAGCACACACGAUCGCAUAUUGCGCGGCGGGUCAAGGCGGAGUUGACGUUACAGAAUGAAAGUGAAAAUGGUACAAGUAUGUUGCAACCGGUUGCGGGGGCAUUGGCGGCGGUACAAGCAACGUUACAACAAGUACAACAACAGCAGCAGCAACAACAGCAACAGUCUCAAAAUCAACAGCAGCAGCAGCAGCAGCAACAACAGACCUCACAAACUCAGCAACAACAACAACAGCAAGUUCAACAAAUACAAACCCAACAACUGCAGCAGCAUCAUGUGGUUGUCACGCAACAGCAGCAACAGCAACAACAGAAUCCUCAACAGCAACAAAUGCAAAUGCCUAAUUAGCCCCCACCUGGUGGGGGCGGGGGAGGCAGCGUCACACAACAGGAAUUUUGUAAAGUUAGUUAGUGUUGUUUUCCCUCUCGCCCUCUCCUAAGUUUUCCACUGUACAUUUGUUAAAUAAUUAAGUUAAGGGAAAUUAGGUCUAUUUGUGUUUGCCAUUUUUUUGCUCGAAGUAUACGAUAUCCAGAGAGAACUUCGAAACAAAUAUUUCUGAUAGGGUUCCGACA